GAAAAAAUUUAAUUUUAGUAUUACUACGUCCUCCCCUUUCUUGACUGUCUUCAGUGUGUGUGUUUUGGGUUUUCUUGCUAGUACAGUUUGUGGGUGUUGUAGCACUGUUUCAAAGUUCCAAUCUUGGUAAGAAUUAGUGUGUGGAGAUGAGUUAUCUUGGUGUGGGUGUGAGUCCUGGUAAUGUUCCGGUUUUCCACGGCAGCAAUCUGAGGGUGUUGGACAAGAGAGUGAGGCUUGCAGAGCUGAUUCUGAGGUGUCUGAUCUGCGCUCUAGCUGUGGUUUCUGCUGUUCUAAUUGGGACUGACACUCAGGUUAAGGAGUUCUUCACUAUCAAGAAAAGGGCCAAAUUUACAGACAUGAAAGCACUUGUUUUCUUGGUGGUGGCAGAUGGGAUUGCGGCGGCUUACUCUUUUUUCCAGCUUGUGAGGUGUGGUGUGAGUAUGGUUAGAGGGAGUGUGCUCUUCAACAAGCCCUUGGCUUGGGCCAUUUUCUCUGGGGAUCAGGUAUUGGCGUACUUGAGCAUGGCUGCAGUGGCGGCCUCUGUUCAAUCAGCGGUGUUCUCCAAAUACGGGCAGACAGAGCUGGAGUGGAUGAAGACAUGCACAAUGUUUGGGAAGUUCUGCAACCAAAUCGGAGAAGGCGUGGCCACCUCAAUAGUGAUGACCCUCUCCACGCUCAUCCUCUCGGCUAUCUCGGCUUUCAGCCUCUUUCGACUGUAUGGAGACAAAGGGAAGGAAAGUGGGAGAUGGUAGAACCACUUUGACAUCAACAUGUCUCUUUGUUUUCUCUCUGAAAACAAGUGAAUUAGUGUAGGAUUGUUGUUCAGUGUAAUCUCUAUAUCUGUGCUUUGGUUUGUAGUAUAAUAAUUACAAUGUUUGUUUUGUAUUUUGUGAAGCUUUUCGUUACCAAAGAUUAUCUAUUGUAUUCUAUUA